AUGCCUCAACAGCCAGUACCAGUGAAAAGCCCAUCUGGGAUGGGAGGAGGGAAGAGGCCAUCACGCACUCCCAUCAUCAUCAUCCCUGGAACUACCACUUCGCUUAUCACCAUGUAUAAUGCCAAGGAUAUCCUUCAGGAUCUGAGAUUUAUGACAACAGAGGAGAAGAAGGCAAGUGGUGCAAAACAGGAGACAGAGUGUCUCAUCCAACGGAGGAAAGAAGGUGUUGGGACGGUGCCGUACCGGGUCAUAGACACUCCCCAGCGUUUAACGAUGGAGGAUUGGGAUCGUGUUGUGGCAGUUUUUGUCAUGGGUCCUGCCUGGCAGUUCAAGGGAUGGCCAUGGGAUGGAAACCCUGUUGAAAUAUUCUCACGCAUAAAGGCAUUCCAUCUCAAGUAUGAGGAGAUGAAGUUGGAUACUAAUGUCUCCAAGUGGGCUGUGCAUGUGAUCGAGCUGUCGAGAACAAAGCGACAUCUGGACCGUGCUCGUCUCAUGACCAUCUGGGAGCAGCUAGACAAGAACAGCAGCAUCAUUCGGAAUGGUUUCCUCGUCGGAUCUCAGUCCUUCCACGACGACCUGAGCUUGCUGAUGUUUCGAUAA